UUGGCUGAACUGUUUCCGACUACACUCGUAUCUCGCUGAUCCUGGCAGUCCGGAACCGGGCACUGUCCGUAACUUUGAAAUGUCUGUAAAUCUGAAUCACAUCCGUUUCAAUGGGGAAGGGCCAACUCUGAGGUCUGUAUAUGGUACUGUACAUGUACACAGGGUUCGCAGCGAAGUUUGGAAGUCUGGAAAAAGUUUGGAUUUUAUAAUUCAAUUUUCCAGGUCUGGAAAAAGUUUUGAAAAGGCGCUCCUUUUGAAAAAGUAUGGAAAAUGUUUUGAAUUUCGAUUUUUUGGCCGCAGAUGUGCUGCACUACUGCAGUGCAAGUGGCCGUUUUGAGUGCCGCGAUAGAAGACGCGCUGGCGAUGCGUGGUGUUCACUGCAUGUACGCGUCUCGUACAGUCAUUUCAGUGCAGCUCAAGCGCGCGCGGCCGGUGAUGACUUUUAUUAGGCCGUUUUUCGUUACUGGCGCUCGCGCUCGACUUUGAUUCUUUGAAGUCGGGACAGCAGGAUGGCGAGGUCCUUUCGCACUCAGAUGAGUUUGCUGGCGAGGAUGUAGCCGUCUUUUGCGCUGAGAUGGACACCAGCUAUGUAAAUGUUUCAUUGGAACCCCCUCUGGAGGCGGAUUUGAACUUACGGAGGGGAACUCUUGGCGCAUGAAUCCCCCUGCUAUUUUCAGGGGCUUUAGCUGCUGAAGGCAAUAUCAUCGCAAUGCACCUUGGUGAAUUUGUUGAUGGUAGUAGUACCAGGGAGGAUUUUACUACGCCCUGGUUGUACUCGUAGCAAUAGUGGAGAAGACAGUCGUGCAGAAGAGAUUUAUAAUUUAUUUUUCCUGCACGAGUGGGUUUGGAAAUUCUUGAAAUUGGUUUGGAAAAAGUUUGGAAAUAGUUUGGAAUUUUGUGUGCUUGGUUGGCUGCGAACCCUGUGUACAUGUAUAUAGUCUAGCUAGGCAUGGUGGUAGCAUGACAUCAUCUCCAAUGGCAUCAUGACAUCAUCUUCCCGUUUCAAUGGGGAAGGGCCAACUCUGAGGUCUGGAUAAGGUACUGUACAUGUAUAUAGUCUAGCUAGGCAUGGUGGUAGCAUGACAUCAUCUCUAAUGUAACUUUGCAAUGUCAGUAACUGAUCAUUGUACAAAAUAAAAUAAAAAAUAACUCUGAAUUACAUCCGUCUCAAUGGGGAAGGGACAAUUCUGAGGUCCGGAUAAGGAGCUAUGAGUGUAUGUCUGAACUGUUGUGUACCGUUAUGCUGCAUGUUUGGACCAAUGUUACAGCGUUUCUGGCAUUGGCCGAAUGCAACGUGUGUAGUUGUCCUCUUCAAAUGUGAUAAUAAGAUGCACUAUUCUCUCUGUUCCUCAGUCACGAUGCCAUCAUUUUUUCCACUGCUCUCUCUCUCUCUCUCUCUCUCUCUCAACAACCUGCUUGUUAAACCCUGCACCUGCUUUCAGGCGUAAAAAAACUAUUGUAGAGGUAUCAGACCUCGUUUGUUAGACUCGCCUGCUGUCUUUAUGAAUGUAACUUACUCUCUCUCUCUCUCUCUCUCUCUCUCUCUCUCUCUCUCUCUCUCUCUCUCUCUCUCUCUCUCUCUCUCACCAUUACACCAUCAGACCGGGAAACAACAUGUCCACACUGUUUGAGAAAACUCAAAUGGAAACAAAACUUGCCACGACAUCUACAGACCUGCCCGGUCUACAAAUCACUUUCAACCACCUCAGCCAAAGCAGACGGCAGUAGCGGGGAUGGUCGGACGACUUCCAUGAUUGAUUCAAUGCACUUCAGCCCAUCUGUAGGUCAGACAAUGACUCCUGGAGAUGAAUUGCGAACAAUCCCGCACGAAUCCACUCCCUGUCAUAAUGAGUCUUUACUUCAUGUCCUGAAUCAACGGGACAUGGACAAGGUAGAAGUCCGGCAGUCCCUACUGCUACCGUCAGCCAAAAACACCAAGGCAUGGCACACAAUAAACGUUCAGUUGAAGAUCCAUCUCACUCAACAUUUCCCAACCUCAUACCUCAAAAACACUAACAUCGAAGAGACUCUGGACAAACUAGAGAACUUCAUUCACUGGUUUUUCGACCAGAAACCACCACCACCUCCACCAAAACACAAGAAUGCAAAUAAAAACCGUGCAGUGGAAAAACUCCGGGCUCACAGGCGUGAUUUAAAGCGCCAAUUUCGUAAGAUCAAAAACCCGGACGAAGUACCUGCAGCGCUCAGAAAUGAGUAUUUUUCAAUUGGAAAACAAAUCAAGCGUCUUUUGAAACAACAAAAGAUGUACGACGAUCGAUCCCGGAACAAGAGGGACCAGGAUGCCUUUCUCAAGGACCCAUAUGCCUUCGGAAAGAAAUUGUUUCAACCAACCAACCAUGUCAAACCCACUUUCUCUGACACUACCUGCUUUGAGUACUUCCAACACACAUAUGCAGACCAGGAUCGUGCCACUUCGUACGAAUCCUGCCCCAGUGCAGGGAAGCCCCGGGAUUGCACCCACCCAGUCGAUGAGGGGACCCCUACAUGGACUGAAUUUCAGAAUGUUUUGAAGAAGUGUCGCAACACCUCUGCACCGGGUCCUGACAAGAUACCUUACAUAGUUUGGAAGCUUUGUCCCUCCCUUCAAUCCAUUCUUUUCACCAUCUUUGGGCGGGUUUGGGAGAGCAAGAUCAUUCCAAGGCAGUGGCAGGUAGCGUGUAUCACACUCCUGGCCAAGGGGGAGGUGUCUGAUGAUCCUUCGAAAUUCCGACCGAUUGCUCUAGCGAACACGUCCGGGAAGAUCUUUUUCACCUUAGUUGCAAAGCGCCUCUUGAAACAUAUGCUAGGCAAUAAGUUCUUCGAUGGUGACAACCAGAAAGGAUUUAUGCCUGCAAAGGCUGGGUGCUUAGAGCAUACAUCACUUUGUUAUGAGGCGAUGCGUGAUGCAAAGACGGCAAAACGCCAAAUUUGCAUUGCGUGGAUAGAUUUGAAGAAUGCAUUUGGUUCAGUGCGCCACAAUCUGAUACAGUAUGCUCUAACCCACUACAGCCUUCCUUUGCAAUUCAGGAAAUUAAUUUUUUCCUACUACGACAGUCUUUGCGCUUUCGUCGUACAACCACACACACCCACCUUUAAUUACAACAUUGGUGUUUUCCAGGGGUGUCCCUUGUCCCCGGUCCUUUUCAAUAUUUGUUUCCAGCUUCUGCUGGACUCACUUGCAGCCCCUGAAUUAAGUUGCCUCUCCUAUGAUUUUAAAUCUGCCCCUUUGCAAGUGUCCCAAACAGCUUUUGCUGAUGACUUAGGCCUCUAUAGCAAAUCUAGUGCAGGUUGUCAAAAACUCAUUGCGGUCACGGAGGACUUUCUCUCGUGGACCCAAUGUAUGCAGGCGGCGCCGCACAAAUGCAAAAGCAGUGCAGCAAAGCUUGUAGAUGGCCGGUACAAACCUUACGAUCCCUGCCUGACAAUGUCAGGGAGGAAGAUCGCUUUCAUUGACACUGCAGAGUUCAAGUUCCUGGGGCGAAGGCUGCAUGCUGAUUGCUCUGAGCAGACCCAGCGGGAAGACAUCCGUCAACUCACUGUAUCUCUCAUGCAAAAAGUAGAUGGCUCUUGGCUUCAAGACCACCACAAGCUAUGGCUUUACCACCAUCUUGUAGUGCCCAAGCUUUCUUGGUCUUUCCAGGUUCUUGAACUCACACAAGGUUUUGUACGUGAACUGCACUUUAUGUGUUUACCAUUUCUGAAGAAAUGGUCAGGCCUACCUCGAUGCGCAAACUCUGCCAUUCUUUUUAUUGGCAGUCGCAAACGCUUUGGCUUACGCCUCCACUACCUUCCUACGGUGUGGAAAAAGUGCCAGUCCAUCAAAUGGCACAUUCUUCGAUCGAGUUGGGACGCGCGCAUGAGGGCGCUGUACACUCUGCGUCGGAGUAAGGAUGCGAAGCUGACAAAGCGAUAUGCGGCGACAAUAGAGCUGGAGUGUGCAGAGGCAUCAGUAGGUUCAGGGACUCUCCGUCCACCGUCAUCUUCAAGUCAUCGUGCAGGGUUGGGUGCUCCUGCUCCGAAGCAGCAUUCCAAACCCCCGAGGAAGGAUCUCCUUCAAACAUUUGAGGAGAUCAACGCGCAGGAGCAGAUUUUGAGGCUGAAGACUCUUCAGGUGCAAGGCAAGUGGUUGGAGUGGACAUCGGUGAUGUGGCAGGACCUCUCGUGGAAAUCCCUUUUGUACGGUGGUACUGGUAAGGAUUUGAAAUUUCUUCUCGCAUCAACCCUCGACGUGCUACCUUCUCCGACGAACCUACGCCGUUGGGGAAACACCGUAGUGGAUCCGUACUGUAGUUUGUGCCGUACCUGGGCCUGUACUACGCGCCACGUGCUUGGCGCUUGUCGCGUAGCACUGGACCAGGGACGUUACACCUGGAGGCACGACAACGUACUCGGGGUCAUCGUCAGGAACAUGCGUGAGGAGAUUCGAAUCCGCACUGCUGCAAACACCGUACAAACCGAAAAUUCAAAUGAGCUUGACUUCAUCUCGUUUUGCAAGGCGGGAGAGAAGCCAGUUCGCGUUCAGCCCAGACGAAAGUUGGUUACGACUGAUCUCCUGUCAGCGGCCUCAGACUGGAAACUUCUUGUCGACUCAGUUAGUGCAAAGAUUUCUUUCCCUAGCUGUGUUGCACUUACCACCCUAAGACCAGAUAUAGUUCUGUACUCUACGAGUCGUAGGAUUGUAUUCUGGAUGGAGUUGACAGUUUGUGCUGAGGACAGAUUCAGUGUCAGUAACUCGCGGAAGGACAGGCGGUAUGCGGAUCUGGCCGAUCAAUGCCGAGCAAACGGGUGGCAGGUCGUUUCUUUUUCGGUUGAGUAAGACGUCUCUGCGAAGCAGCUACAUCAUCUGGUUGCGGCGUCAACAAAAACACUGGUCGGAAGAUCCACUUUUCUGAGG